UCUCGCGCAUGCUAUGAAAAUGGGGAUUUCUCACUGAUCAUAGCGUAUUCGAUUGCGUAUAUGUGCGUAUGUAUCGAGCAAAUCGGAAUACCUAUAAUUUAGUGAUUGAAAAGGUGAAAAAGUGCUCAAAUAGAGAGAAUUAGAGAAAAAUUAUAUGACCAACAUAUAUACAAUGUGAUUUUUAAACAUUUAAACCAUUAUAAAAGGAAUAAAGUGUUAUAACAUGUAUCGAUAACUCGGAAAAGUUUUACGGAUGACCUAUAUGUGUCGUAUUGCACAGAAUGUGCGCAAUUUUUAGCGACAAUUUAUUGCAAGUCGCAAUAUUCGGUUACUUAACGAAUUAAUUAUCUGAAGAAAGAAAGAGAGAUAAUGGUCGUCGCGUGUGGAUGUAGCAAUAGGACACUCCUGAGCUCAGGCCGCACAGUGAGUCAAUAUUUGACCCGAGCGAAUCUACAACCGUUGUCGAACAUCGGCCGCUAUGACGAGAGAAUAUUUACGAAAAUGUGCGGCUUAUUUAAACAAGAACCCCACGUGCACGUAAAUUCUUGCGUAUACAACGCGUUAUUGCAACGCGAAGCGUAAGAAGCUCGGCAAAAGCAGUCACUUCAGAUCUUCCGAUCGCGAUGGACGUGAUUCAACAUGAGAUUUGAGAAGAGCAGUGCACACGUAUACUCGGAUUGUGUCGUGAGUGUUCCUACCGAUUAUACGUUGGGUUCCGCCACUUGUUUACUCAAGUUUGAUUAAUAGCCCGACGAAGUACACCUCCCAAGCUUCGUCAUCCGCUUAUCAUAACAGCUCACGUCGAGAACUAGAGCAACAAAUGUUUUCUCCUUAAGUAACGUGUUUUUCUACUUUUCAUCUCCUUAAGUUAUUUAUAUCUGCUGUAAUAUGGAUAGUGUUGGAUAAAUCAGUCAAUUGUCGCCAAAUCAGUUUAUGUAGACUCGAACUAUCUUUAGUCUAGCAGUGAAAAUACUUAUUAAAGCAGAAUACAGAAGAUGCACUCAUCCCAUACGUCGUACACGAUGCUAUAAUGAUUAAAAUAUGAAUGGAGGAAUUCAUUUUGUAUUCCAUGCAAGAGAAUAAAAUGAAAACUGUUGGGUCAUGUAGUUUCUAACAAACAUUUUUUAACGACGCGAAAGUGGAUGCGUACGAAGAAUUCUCUUUUACUCGACAAUUCGAACAGUUAUGAAUUCGAAGCAAGCAGAAACGUGGCUGGCGACAUUGUACACCGGAUCCAUGGUACUCUCCAUCACGUCUGUCAUAUCGCUAGUGACCACAUGGCAGCAUUGGUUAAUGACUUUAGACGGCUGUAUCCAAGUUGAUUGCGGCUGCAUAUUAUACGGCAUCAAUACAUUUCGCACAUUCCUCGGCGGCGACGAGAAGCUGUGCCAUUUCGCCGCGUACGCUCUCGUACCAGUCAUCGUAAUCAGUUUGUGUCUCGGUGCUUAUCACGGGUAUAGAUGUUGCAUACACAAAAAUCUAGACGAGCCACAGCGAAUUAAUCGCGGACACGUAUACGAUGACGACAGAAAAAAUCUUAAUGGACACGUUGUGGUGACUACGAAGAAAAGAGUUGCUUUUAAAUGGUGGAUGCCUAUCGGUUUCUUUGCAGCGUUCGUUUGUUGCUUGUCUCUUGCCCAUGCAGUCGUAAUAACUGACGGCUACUACAAAACUUGCGAACAAUAUAGACGAAAUCUCAUUCAAAUCUUGAAUUCAGGAGGCCAUGAGAUUCAAGCGAUUCACAACAGGCUGCCGUGCGGUGCAAUUUUCGAUUUCAUGGAUUAUCUUCAGCCAGACAAAAAUCACUGGAGUCGCGGUGAGAUGAACACUGCGAUCGCGCUUCAACUUGCAAUAUGCACGAGCUGGUUCAAUUUAUUCGCCUGGCUGAUCGCGUGCUCAAUAAACUUCAUUAUGGCUAAGAAGAGACAACGUAAUUUAGGAGAAAAAUUCUGCUGUUGCUGCUGAGUAAUAUUUUUAGCAACAAACUUGACAACAUUUGUGUAAAAUAUAAUAAAGAUUUCUCUUUAAAAAGUAUGACAAGGCAUGGACAUGAAUUGACACUUGUGUUAAUAGUAUACAUUUUAUUUAUGUAUUUUAUACAGAGAUAGUGUUUUCAUUAACUAUUUUUCUUGUAUGCCUAAUAUCAAAAAAUUAAAGACUCGUCCGACCUGCCGAGGAAAAUAAA